UUCACUUUCCAGUCUUCCGAAAUUUUUUAGUUACUUGUUGUAGUAAUUACUGGUGGCCUAUUUGUCAGGGCUCGCCACUUAGAAUUUGCAUCACCGAUCUCCGCUAGCACUAUGGACGACACAGUGGAACUGGAUGAUGAUAUAGUUGAGACUGGUUCGUUCGCGAACAGCGAUAGCGUGGAGCCCGAAUUCAUGGACGCGGACUUUUCUGAAUCAGGCGGUAUGGAAGAUAGCGAUGCAGCCCUAUCGGAACAGGAGGAAAAUCCUGCUUCUCUCCUCAGCAGAGAGGAACUUAAAGAAUCCGCCAGACAACUGGAGAGAAAAGUGCGUAGAAGCGGCGUCAUUUAUUUGAGUACGAUUCCCCCUGGGAUGAAUGUGGCUAAACUCCGUGAAAUCCUGAGUCAGUAUGGAGACAUUGGACGCAUAUACCUUGAAGUUGAUUCGAAAGGUACUUCCCAAAAAAAGAAGAGAAAGCUUCCCGAGAAGUAUGGGCAGAAGUACGUCGAGGGUUGGGUAGAGUUUAGCAGCAAACGCAUCGCCAGAACAAUUGCGGAAUCUUUGAAUAAUCAGCCUGUUGGUGGAAAGCGACGCGCACCGUACUAUGAAUCUCUCUGGAAUAUGAAAUAUUUGCACAGAUUUAAAUGGAAUCAUUUGACCGAGCGUUUAGCCCACGAGAGAGUAGUACGGAAACAUCGACUCCGCCAGGAAAUGGCUCAAGCGAAACGCCAGACCAAUUUCUAUGCCAAAAAUAUCGAACAGAGUAAAAUGUUGCAGAGACUGAAAGCCCAGAAAGCCAAGGAAGGACAAGAGUUUGCCCCUUUAAAAACCUUUACAAUACCCCAAGUAUUGACGGAUCAAGAGAUCCGCGAUCGGAAUCGAAAAUCCAAGUCAAAGCCGUCGAAAACCCAGCCAUCUGGCCUAGAUAAUGUGAUCUUACAAAAGCUAUUUCCGGCAAAGUAACGCUUUCUUUGCUCAGUUCUGGCAGUUUACUCUAGUGUUUAUCAUUUGUUAUCCCGUAUGAUUUACUGAGAAAAUGCAGGAACGAUUUAUUCCACGUCAGAUACUGAAUUUUUUCUAGUGUUACGAUAUUUUUGGUAAAAAAUGUCACAAACAAAAAAAACAACCAACUGGUU